AUGGAUCUGAUUCAGUACCUUGAUCCAGAGCAAAACUGUGCCUUGGUGCGAUGGGACAGGCUGAUUCGUUUCUCGUUUAUGCUGAUUUGCUUUCUCUUUAGUUUUGCUGCUUUUUCUUUAGUUUUGUCGUUUCCUUGCUUGUACUGCUACUGUGGUGGCUUUUGCCCUUUUCUAUGUCUGAAUAGAAUUAAAGCAAUGAAACAUCUCUUGGACUCUGAUUCGUCAAAGUCUAACAAGCCAGCAUACAUGGAAGGAAGCUUCAGCGUCCUUGCUCUUCGACAUCCCACCCCACUAGGCCACUACCAUUUUCGACGGAACGGAACUGGUCUUCACAUCGUCUCCGUCACCGUCACCCGCGAAGGGAUCAGAGAGCUGUUCGUUUCUCAUCCUUCGCAAAUAGCAAUAAGGAAUUACUGUGUGCUAAGUAACUCUCUCAACUUCUCUCUGUCUUGUUGUUGCCGUGCUCCUGCUCUUCGACUCUCCAAUGGCCAUACUCUUUCAUUCUGUACUUCUGAUCUUGACGCCAUAACCAAGGACAAACCCAUUAGAGAUGGUCAGCUUCUGACUUCUAAAGAAGAAAAGUUUGCUCUUGGUUUCUUCACUCCAGGAGUUAACAAAAUAACUGGUCAAAGCUGGUUCUUGCAAUCAUGGAAGAAUGAAGAAGAUCCUGGAACUGGAAGCUUCUCAGUUAGAUUCAGUACCAGGGGAAAAUCUCAGGUUUUCUUGUAUAAGAAUAACUUUCCUUUAUGGCGAGCUGGACCCUCCAAUGGGGAAAUAUUAGUUGGGAUCCCAUCUUUGAAACGAGCCAUGCCAAACAUUUUGAACGUGUCUGUUCCUGAUAAUGAUGAUGAAGUAGGAUACAUGUACAAUGCUAUUUCUAAGACCAAUAUCUUCAGAUUAGUAGUUCUUCGAUCAGGAUUAGCACAACUAUUCAAGUGGGAUGAUAGUUUAAAUGAAUGGACACGCCAAUGGUCUGCACCAGAAUUGAAUUGUGACUACUAUGAAUCUUGCGGAUCCAACAGUAAGUGUGAUCCUCAAAACCAGUCAAACUGGUGUUCAUGCUUGCCUGGGUAUGAACCGAAAAAUCCAACGGAUUGGAAUCAAAACAAUGUUGUAACAGAGGGGUGUGUGAGGAAGAAAGGAUCACUAUCCAUGUGUGGGAAUAAUGGAGAAGGAUUUGUGAUGGUAAGAAAGGUCAAGAUUCCUGACACAUCUAUAGCUAAUUGUAAAAUGGGUUUGAAUAUGGAGGAAUGUGAAGGAGCAUGCUUGAGAAACUGUUCUUGCACUGCUUAUGCAGCUACAGAUAUGAGAAAUGGAUUAGGAUGUGGGUGCUUAACAUGGCAUGGUGCUCUAAUGGACACACAGGUAUUGAGUGAGGGAGGCCAAUAUUUAUAUGUCCGUGUUGAUGCUAUUGAAUUAGCAAAAUACGCCAGGAAGGCAAAAGGAAUGCUUGCUAUGGCUAGGAUGGUGGGAAUUACAGCAGCUUCUAUCACUUUCAUUGUUCUUCUUGUUGCCAUCAUUGUGUAUUGGUUUCAGAAGAAUAAAAGAGAUAAAAUGACAGAGCAACAACUAAAGAUGGAUUCCGGAGAGGAGCAAGCUGUAAAUAGUGCACAGCUAGCCUUGUCAUUUUUCAGCAUCAAAAUCAUAAUGACUGCUACAAAUAAAUUCUCAAAUGAGAAUGAGUUAGGUGAAGGUGGGUUUGGUUGUGUAUACAAGGGCUUGUUAGUGGAUGGACAAGAAAUAGCAGUGAAGAGGUUAUCUAAAGGUCAUGGACAAGGGAUUCAAGAAUUCAAGAAUGGAAUUAAACUAAUUGCAAAAUUACAGCACAGAAACCUUGUGAAGUUGCUUGGAUAUUGCAUUCACAAAGAAGAAAGGAUGUUAAUUUAUGAGCAUUUGCCCAACAAAAGCUUGGACUUCUACCUUUUUGAUAUGAAUCAUAGAUCAAGAUUAGAUUGGAAUACACGAGUUCAUAUUAUUUUCGGAAUUGCUCAUGGUGUUCUUUAUCUUCAUCAAGAUUCAAGGCUAAAAAUAAUUCAUAGAGACCUUAAAGCUAGCAAUAUUUUUUUAGAUGUUGCAAUGCAUCCUAAAAUUUCAGAUUUUAGCAUGGCUAAAAUAUUUGGAGAGGAUAUAAUCCAAGCAAGAACAAGACGAGUUGUUGGGACCUAG